UUCCUGCAUACCAGUGUAUGGGAUGAAUUGUCCUGUGUUAUCCUGCUUUUUCAGUUUGAUGUUCUCUGGUAUCCAUUAACCAGACCUGAACUGUAGAGAUCAUGUGACAUGAGGCUCAGGAAACAACAGAGGAAGAGGUACAAGGGAAAAGGGGGUUGUGACUGCAAGGAGCCAGGCAAUUCGUGUUUGUAUGGGAAUACCUUCUCAAAGAUAAUGGUGUUUUCUCUGCGUGAGUACCGGGACUCAGACUAUGCUGUGGUGCGUGAAGUGUACUCCACAGGGUUCAGAGAACACUGCGGUUCCAUCUUCGUUAUGGUUAUUCGGAGGCUCUGGGUUCAGGCGGUUCUUUUGGUUGUGUUCCUAGCCCUCCUGGAACUCUCUGGCUCCUUCCUGUCAGCAAUGUUGGGUGUCUCUGGGGUCCUGUUGGCCAUUCGGGUGUCUGUGCAGUGCCUGCUCGAACAGGGCGUGCGCCUGGGCCUCAGCGAGGACCUCCAGGACAUCCGGGCGUCCUACAUGCAGCCUGGCCAGGUGGCACGGUUCUGGGUGGCAGAGUUACAGGGCGGCAUCGUGGGCACGGUGGCCAUCCUACCCUGCGUGGAGGAGAGAGGGGCCUGGGAGCUGAAGAGGAUCACGGUGCUGAAGAGGUUCAGGGGGCAAGGCAUCGCCAAGGCUCUCUGUCAAACUGCCUUGGAGUUUGUGGCCAAUCGUGGUGUAAAACGGGUGGUGCUGUUCACCUCCAUGGCCCAGGCGGAUGCACACAACCUCUAUAACAGUCUGGGCUUCAAGAAGGAGACAGAGUUUGUGUGGCCAUCGUUGCCGGCCCGGCUUGUUAACUUCCUUGUUUAUAAAUAUGCCUUCACAGUUGUUUUUUGAACUUGAAGCAGAUUUAGGAUUUCACUGAGUUGAUAAUGAAAUUACUGCUUUUGGUAAAACUGACUGUGACUGAUCUCUCUUGCAUGGCAUGUUGGUGGAGAGAACUUGUUAAAAUGUUGUUAUGCCUGGGGCUCGAUUAGUCACAACAAGUCUUGUGACAUUAUGUGGACAUUUGGCAUUAUGUGUCUAAAAUGUGGCCACAUUUGGACACCUUUCUAUUCCUCUUUUCUAGUCUGAAAAUACUUGUCUUCUGUGGCUGCCUGAGUAGUUAUUGUGUUAUCUCUAUCCUGUCAUGUGAAGCGGUGCUGUUGAAGAGAAGCAGAUGACAGAUUAUUAUCUACUGUGUAACCUAAUUUAAACUGAAUAUUUUCAAGUUUCAUCUACAUAUCAAGUGUAUUACAAAUGUUUCUUGUCAAUAUACGUUCUUAUAUUGUAUACAGUAUAUAGAAUACAAUGAAAUCUAUGUUUAAAUACUGCAGUCUGUGUUCGCUUUUUUUUAUUGUAACCUUUUGUUUCCUCAACACUGUUAUAAGAACCAUCGUAAUGCAUUGGUCGUCAAAGAAAUGUUUCUCGUUGCGAUGUAGACCACCUGAGAAGUCGUGUGUAGUAUGGUUUCUGAGAAUCAGAAUGACGCUAAAAC